AUGACUAUGAUUUCACUCUCUGCAGAGUAUGCUGCUCUCAAGAUCGAUGCUUUGCGUACAAACCAAACUCUGGAUGCGGCUUGUACCUGGGGAAACACCCCCGACGGCGGAAUGAACCGCCUAGCGUCAAACAUUGACGACAAACAUGUGCGAGACUGGUUUAUUUCUGAGACUGCUAAAUGUGGAUGUUCACAUCUUAUCGACGAAAUGGGUAACAUUUUCGCUAUCAGACCAGGCAAAAACAACAAUCUUCCCCCAAUAGCACUCGGUUCUCACCUGGACACGCAACCAACAGGAGGACGAUAUGACGGAAUACUCGGCGUUGUCUCAGCUAUGGAAGUCUUAAAAGUCAUUCACACAAAUUGCAUUACCACAUACGCACCGCUUGCGGUUGUGAAUUGGACGAAUGAGGAAGGGGCUCGCUUCCCGCCAGCUAUGCUCUGUUCUGGAGUUUGGGGAGGUGCUUUUACUGUCGAGUGGGCGCAGUCGCGUGCAGAUUCAGAAGGACUGACUUUGGGGGAAGAGUUAAAGCGAAUCGGAUAUCUUGGAACGACACCCUGUAGCUACGAGGCAAAUCCGCUUCUUGCGCAUUUCGAGGUUCACAUCGAACAAGGACCGAUUUUAGACCAGGAAGAGCAACCCGCAGCUGUUGUGAAGGGAGUACAAUCAAUCAGAUGGUAUAAUAUAUCAGUGAGAGGAAGAGAAGCACACACCGGCACGACUCCUAUGGAUCGACGAAGUGACGCGCUGUUGGGGGCUGCGAAGAUAAUUGUAGAGACAAAUAAGUGUGUGACUGAAGGAGAGAUAGCAGCACGUGGCGGUCGAGCUACCAUUGCAGUUAUCAAUUCUUCUCCGCAGAGCAUCAACACCAUAGCAGGAUCUGUGCAUCUUGCUCUGGACAUUCGCGCCCCUGCGGACAGCGAUGUUGAGCUUAUUGAACAGAAUUGUCAGAAUCGCUUUGAAGGUAUAUGUAUAGAACACGGGCUGACUAUGUCGAUGGACAACUUUUGGGUUUCCCCAGCGGUCAAGUUUGAUGCAACCAUGGUUGACUGCGUUCGGCAAUCAGCAAAUGAGAACGGCUGUAAACUUGAGUUGACAAGUGGCGCAGGUCAUGAUUCUGUCUACACGAGUAAGAAAGUGCCGACGGCAAUGAUUUUUGUCCGGUGCCGCGAUGGAAUUAGCCAUAAUCCAGCGGAAUUCAGUAGACCAGAAGAUUGUGCUGUUGGAGCUCAAGUGUUGUUAGGAGCCUACCUCAGAUAUGACCAGUAUGUUCAAGGUUUAUAUAGAUAG